AAGUUCCCAGUUCAAGUUUCAUCACAACAUGACAAUGGCAAUACACGUUAACAUCCUUGCUCUUUUCUUCGUUGCUGUAGUCGGGGUAGAGGGAAUUCCUCUUCGCGACCCAGAGCCACCAACAUGGCCCGCAUCUUAUAUGGCAAAAGGCAUCAUUAAUCUACCAUACGCUGAAAUAGGCGAACCAUUUGAAGCAUGGUAUGACGGACCAAACCAAAGAAGUCGUAUUGACUAUUAUAAUGGAAUGGAUAAGACAUAUCAGCUUGCGGCACAGGAGAAAUCAUAUCUCAUUUCACCAUGGGCAACGGAAGAAAUUUCUGUUGAAGAAACAUGUUUUGAAAUCGAUGGUCCGGUUCAAGCACAGCCAGUUUUGCCCAGGAACCUCACUGCUUUCGAGUAUAUAGGAGAAGAAAAUUUCGAAGGAACUCCAUGUUACAACUUCAGACUGAAAGCCGUUUCGGGGAAGAAAGUGAACAUCUAUACCUUGACAGUUGAUCAGAAGAGCAAAUAUCCGAAACGAUACGAGAUGUUAGGAUAUGACACUUUGUUCGGCUCUCAUUACGAUAAAUAUGAAGUAUUGUACAACUCGUUUGAUAUCGGGAUUCCUACUGAAGAAACCUUUGAGAUUCCGAAAGGAAUGAAGUGUCAUGGCUUUCCUGGACCUGGUGCUGAGUCAGCAGUUAUAGCGAACCCCAUGAGAGAUUACUUCAGUCCUAAAGACGAGGAUCGAAUUCAUCAUGUGUUUAAGGAUUUCGUGAAACAAUAUUCAAAAGAUUAUAAAGAUAAACCUGAAUUUGAACGACGAAAAGGACAUUUCAGACAAAAUCUGAGAUUCAUCCAUGCAAAAAAUCGUCAGAACCUCGGCUACCGUCUGAAAAUCAACCAUUUGGCUGAUCUCCACGAUGAUGAGUUUAAAGAACUAAGAGGUCGCCAGCGCACGAGAGGUUACAACGGAGGAAAACCUUUUAACCCAAGUGUUAUGGUCGACGAUAUACCAGACUUUGUUGACUGGCGUCUUCGAGGUGCGGUGACACCAGUGAAAGAUCAGGCUAUCUGUGGAUCAUGCUGGUCAUUUGGGGCUACCGGUGCGAUGGAAGGAGCUUUGUUUCUUCAUACUGGGAAUAGGAUUCGUCUGUCGCAGCAGGUGUUGAUGGAUUGUUCCUGGGGAUUUGGCAACAACGCUUGCAAUGGCGGAGAGGAAUAUCGUGCUUAUCAAUGGGUGAUGAAACAUGGUGGCAUACCAAGUGAAUUUACCUAUGGUCCAUAUCUGGGAAUGAACGGAUACUGUCAUUUCAACUCGUCCGAGGUGUCAACUCAUAUUGAUGGUUAUGUGAACGUGACGUCAGGAAGCGAGGAGAUGUUGAAAGUGGCCAUUGCCACCCAUGGCCCUUGUUCUGUGGGCAUUGACGCGUCACAUAAAUCAUUUUCUUUUUAUUCCGAUGGUGUUUACUAUGAACCUGACUGCGGUAACCAAACAGAUGAUUUGGACCAUGCUGUACUGGCUGUAGGGUAUGGUACCAUGAGAGGCCAGACAUACUGGUUGGUAAAGAAUUCCUGGUCAACCCACUGGGGUAAUGAUGGUUAUAUUCUGAUGUCGACCAAAAACAAUAACUGUGGUGUGACAACUGAUGCUACCUUUGUCGAAAUAGCAUAACGGACGGACCAAUUGUGGCUAAUGAACAUGAUUUAAACGAACCUUUAACUUCAAAAACUUGGAUAAAUGACUAGAUACAAACGAUAACCUUACUUGAUAUGAUUCAUAGCGAAUAGACUGUUCUUACUAAACUAAUACAAUAUAUAUUUUCCGCACGAAUAACGAAACACUUAAUAAUUUGUUUGCAAGCAAAAUGUGAAAUAGAUGUCUAAUUUUGUAUCUACGUCAACAAAGUAACAAACUGCAUUACAUAUAACCAGUGUGACCACUUCAUUU